UUUGCCGUCAAUGAGGAUGGGCGGAGUCUCAUAUUGCAGUCGUUACGUACACUGUAAACAGGAAGUAAUCCGUUAGAUCUUCUGACAGGACAGUGAGGAAUCAUCAUGGGUAAAAGCUGUAAAGUAGUCGUGUGUGGCCAGGCUGCAGUUGGAAAAACAGCUGUAUUGGAACAAUUACUAUAUAACAAUCAUGUUGCAGGCUCAGAGCCCAUGGAAACCCUGGAGGACAUCUACAUCGGCUCCAUAGAAACCGACCGUGGCACACGAGAGCAGGUGCGCUUCUAUGACACCCGCGGACUCCGGGACGGGAUGGAGUUUCCCCGGCAUUACUACUCUUUUGCUGAUGGCUUUGUACUUGUCUACAGUAUUGAUAGCAAAGAGUCCUUCAAGCGAAUGGAGGCCCUUAAGAAAGAUAUUGAUCGUCACAGAGACAAGAAAGAGGUGACCAUUGUUGUCCUGGGUAACAAGCUGGACAAGAAGGACGAGAGGAGAAUCGACUCAAACUAUGCCCAGAACUGGGCCAAGAAUGAGAAGGUGCGUCUGUGGGAGGUGUCGGUGGUGGACCGUCACAUACUCAUUGAGCCCUUCGUCUACCUGGCCAGCAAAAUGACCCAACCACAGAGCAAGUCAACUUUCCCACUCAGUCGCAACAAGAAUAAGGGCAGUGGUUCUACAGACAGCUAAGACGUUGGACUCAGGGAGGUCUGUUAAAGCAGAUGUUGUUGGACUGAUGUAGGAAGAGUUUUCAGCUUUUGAGAAUGUGAAGAGGAGAUGGUAAGAGAAAUAGGAUGGUUGUAUGGAUAUUUAUAUUCAGUGAGUGCUGUUAGUGUGAAUAACAUAUAUUCUUUAUGUUCUGCUGAAAUGCAACUUUAAUUAUACUUAUAUCAGCCAAUAAAUGGAAAAGCACAUCAUGUUAUUAUUUCAGUUUUUCUGAGUAAAAUCAUGCUCAAAUGAAUUCAUUUAUAACGUAAACAGUCAUGUUGGACUGUAAACUGUGUGCUUUGGAUGUAAACGUAGUUUUACUUACAAUCAGCAUUUUGAUCCUGUUUUCUCCUCAGAGAUUUCACAAUUAUAAGAUAUCAUGUGCUCACGGUGCCCACAGUAAAAAUACAGAACAGGUGGACUUUGCACAUUUGUACACUGUCUUGUAUUUUUCGUUCAUGUACACUAAAUGAGCACACAGACUGAUUUAGAGAAGUUACCCAGUGACUGCAUCACACAAAUGCUGGAUUUAACAUAUUGUUAAAAGAAAAAAAAUGCAGAAUUAUAAAUGAUGUACUCAUAACUGUCCCGUUGUUUUAUGUAGAGAUUUGUUACACUACCUGUGUUUGGUGCUGAGAUUAUUAAAUGAUGUGAUGAUUGACAUUCCUUACCACGUAAAGCCUUUUGCACAGGAUGUUCAUUUUUGUAGAUAUUGUUGCAAGCUCAGGUGUUACUCUUACUGGUUGUUCCUCAUGAACAAGAUGAUGAAACAUGCACAGCACAUGAUAACCCACUGAAUCAGUUUUCACUGCUGUAGCUAUAGGUCGUACACAUCAGCCAGUCACUGAACCGUUAGUUUGAGCUGCAUCGUGUUGUUAAUUUUAGCAACUUCUGAUGUUUAUUUUAUUGAAAAGAGGAAUAUGCAUUGAUGUUGUGCCACAUCUUUUGACACUAUGAUCAUACAUGCUACUUUUUCUUGUGAUUUUAUUAAGUUUUUAUGUGUAGGCAAUGUUUAAAUGUGCCCAAUUUACAUUUGUUGGCAUGUUUUGUAAACAAAUUAAAACCUUCACUGUGCCUGACCAAAA